AUGUUAAGAUCGAUCACAUUUCAGAUGGCCAAAGCACCACCGGCACAGAGAUAUCGUCUUCAGGCGCUCCGACAACAUACUGAAUCGUCGUCCGCUUCAGAUGCAGGAGGGACCGACACAAAACUGGGACCUCUUGAAGUGGAUACAAGCGAUAUGAGCGCAGUGGCAAGCACAUCGAAAUCUCCACUCGACUCGAAUAACACCGUCAGAAAGUCUUCUUCGGGAUCCGUUAGUUCUGCAACGAAAUCGCCCAGCGGCGCCCGUCAUCCCGUGACGAAAUCUCCGAUUGGAUCCGCUACCUCUGGCUCAAGUCACUCGCCGAAAGACGCGGGCAGUGCUCAUUUGAACGUCCGUAGACGUGUCAGUGAACCAGCAACUAGUGGUGCUCACGGUACAACAAAUCGAGAUGGACGAAACCAUCAUUCGCAAGAUGAUCGCCCAGCAGCGAGCGUCACACAUCACAAGUCAGUAGCAUGUCCUGAGUUGGAAUACCGAUCACCUCUGGCACGUACUUAUCCGAAUCAGACAUCACCGAGUAGCACUCAAAAAUUCGACGAUGUUCGCUUGUCGUCUUCUUCGUUUGGUCGUCGACCGAUCACAACGAUUGAUCGCUCACAACACCAUCGACGUUUCACCGAUCAUGACACGGAGGGUGGUGGACAGAGCACUGGCAGUCGUUUCAGGCAUAACUCGGAUGUUGGCAAAGGGUCAUCGGGCUGGAAUGAUCGGCGAUCGAGUUUCGAAGAUCAACUCGCUGGUGGGGAGCCGAAUCGUGGCGGUGGCGGUGGUGGUGGGAGUGGCUGGCAUAUGCCUUCACAACCACCUCCUUGGGUGCCUCGAAAUCGACGAGAUCACGAUUCGUUCCGACAUCCGAUCCCAACCAUUGGAUCUUCGAUCUCUCCGAUGGCAUCCUCAUCGCACCAGCCCUACCGAUACCCACCACCCCCACCGAAUCAUCAUUCAAGAUAUCCACCGCCUUCACAACGAGGUUCUCAAUUCAAUCGUCGAUUUGAGAAUAAUCGCUAUCCCGCACCGCCGCCUCAUUAUAACACCACCACCAGCAGCACUGGUGGUUUCAACCCUUCUCAGAAAGCACCUCCUCUUCUACCGAGACCACCAUUCCCUCCUGCGCCUCAUCACGCUCACAGUUCAUCCUCUCCAUCCAGUAGCAGCGCCUCUCAACCGUUUGAUGCUAACGCACCUCAUCAGACGAUGCAGGGCACUCAAGAAGAGUGUGUACAGUACACGGAGCCAUCUCAACAAGAGCCAAUACCAAUGGAUAUUGAAGAGUCACCAAUGAAUGAAGAUGAAAAUGAGCACUUGAGACAGCAGCAGUCCAAUUCAUCAGAUACUCAAUCGCAACCACAAAAAUCAUCGACGGUA